UAAUCUCUACGAAUGCGAUACGUGUUGUUGUCAUCUGUAACAGAGGGCUGGUGGGUGCAGGGCGCAGAUCUCCUGUCGCACCGCCUCACGGACAACGAUGGACGAUGGCGUGGGCUACCUGCGGGACAGUCCAUUAACCUCACUCUGAACAUGGAGUGCAUGCUGGUAUCUUACUGAAAAAAGUGUCUUCCGAGAAGGUUGUAUACGAUUUUCUUCGGCGCACCAUUUUGGCUGUUCCGAUCGAGGAUGGAGCAUAUCAGGACGCCGAAGGUCGAAAAUGUCAGACUGAUCGACAGAGUGACCCCCCGGAAGUCAGCUCCGGGGACACUGUAUCUUUCAUCCACGCACAGCAUCUUCGUUGAAAACACAGAGGCUCGCAAGGAAACAUGGGUGUUCCACAGUUUGGUCAACAGUAUCGAACGUCCCCCCACCAACCCCUCUGGCAGUCCCCUGAUCAUCCGCUGCAAGAACUUCCAGGCCUACCACCUCCUCAUCCCUCAGGAGAAGGACUGUCUGGAUGUACAGGCCUCUCUGACACGCCUCUCCAGACCGGAGAGAUACACUGAGCUGUCAUGCUUCUCCUACCAUCCCAACGUGAACAAGGAUGAUCGAGAAGAGGCGUGGAGCUUCAUAGACCUACGGGCUGAGUAUGGGCGAAUGGGGAUUCCCAGCAACCUUUGGUAUCACACCCCUGCCAACAGCGAGUACCGGGUGUGUGACACCUACCCUUCUGAUCUGUAUGUGCCCAAAUCGGCCACACCGCCCAUGAUUGUGGGCAGUGCCAAGUUCAGGAGCCGGAGAAGAUUCCCUGUCCUGUCCUACUACCACAGGGACAACAGUGCCUCUAUUUGUCGCAGUAGUCAGCCACUGUCUGGCUUCAGCGCUCGCUCCACAGAGGAUGAACAGAUGAUCCAGGCCAUUAUGAAGUCCAACCCAGUCAGCGAGCUCAUGUAUGUGGUGGACACAAGGCCAAAGCUGAAUGCGAUGGCCAAUCGCGCAGCAGGAAAAGGCUAUGAGAACGAGGACCACUACACCAACCUCAAACUGCAGUUCAUUGGCAUCGAAAACAUCCAUGUCAUGAGAAACAGCCAACAGAGAAUUGUCGACAUGGGAGAGAUCAGGUCCCCCUCCAUGGGGGACUUCCUCUGGGGCCUGGAGAACUCUGGUUGGCUCAAGCACAUCAAAGCUGUCCUGGAUGCUGGUGUCUUCAUAGCAAGGGCUGUAGCAGAAGAAGGGAUCAGUGUGUUAGUCCAUUGCUCAGAUGGCUGGGACCGCACAGCACAGGCUUGCUCAGUUGCCAGUGUCCUUCUGGACCCUUACUAUCGCACCCUGAAAGGAUUCAUGGUCCUCAUCGAAAAAGACUGGGUAUCGUUUGGACACAAGUUUUCUCACAGGUACGCUCACCUGGAGGGUGACCCUAAGGAGGUGUCUCCAGUGAUCGACCAGUUCCUGGAGUGUGUGUGGCAGCUGAUGGAGCAGUUCCCAUGUGCCUUCGAGUUCAAUGAGCGCUUCCUGCUCCAGCUGCACAUGCAUGUGCACUCCUGCCAGUACGGCAACUUCCUGGGCAACUGCCAAAAGGAGAGAAGGGACCUUAGGCUCCGUGAGCGAACCCACUCUGUCUGGCCGGUCCUGUGGGAACAGCAGGCUGAGUUCUUUAACCCGCUGUACCGAGACGACCCCAGCCAGACCCAGGGUGUACUGCGGCCUGUCACCACCCCCCACUGCUUCAAGUUUUGGAAGAGCAUGUAUAACCGGGCAGAGAAGCCGUCUGCGGUGGCGGCACGCCAGUCUGCAUCCGAGUGUCUGUCUGCCGUGCGCGAGGAGACGCAGCAGCUGGAGGAGGAGCUGACCACCCACCAGGAGAGAAUAGCUAUGCUGACGGGAAAGAAGGUGGAGGCUGUAGUGAAGAGGAUGAGCAGAGCCAGUGACGGCACACCCAGGCGGGCCCCACCUGCUUCGGACAGGGGGGAAGAGGGCGUGGCCGAAAGCCCUCAGGACUACUUCCCCUGCUGGGACUCCGCCCCGGAGAGGGAGUGUAAGGCUCCGCCCUUCUCCCUGCCCCUCGCAUCGGCCUUAGAUGUGGGGGAACCCGAUGACCUUUCAGCCUGCAGUGACCUCGAGUCUGGCGUGGCUGACCUCAGCAGCCGCUCUUCCAGCAGCGGAAACGACAAGGACCCUGAUUUGUACGAGGCUGCCUACGCCACUGCCUGAGUACAAAUCCAGGCCACCCAGAAAAGGGAACAUAGGGAAAGGUAGCUAGAGGUGGGGUGGGGUGGGGUGAGGUUAGGUGGAUGUUUAUGUGACCCCUAAAACCCUUUGAGCCAACUUUUUAAAAACUGUUUUUUUUUUUUUUUUUUAAAUCUAAUCUCUGGGCAGGUGGUGUCAGUGGGAAUACACUGUACGUGUUUCAGAGCACACAAACACUGAGCCACAGAGCUGAUCAGGGCCUACGUGAGGCAAGCGAACAAAGAGUUAAAAUGUCUUAAGUUUGUUUACAGUUAAGGGAAACAACUAUUUAUUAUAAGUGCAAUAUGUUAUGUUAGGCCACUAUGUUUGUAUCAUUUGAACAUUUUUUUUACUGAGUUAUGUCAUCCUGUUUUAUGUUCUUGUGCUGUUUUAAGCGGUGCACUUUAAUGUUUUCAGAUCAAUGACACUGGUUGUAGUUUUCCAUACUCAGAAUAGAGCUUUUCCAUUUUAUUUCUCAGGUUAGCAAAGUGGUAGUUAUCUAGAAUCAGUUAUCUCAGUAAUUAGCUACAUACAUUAAUUGCAAGAAUAGCAAUAUAGUCAGAUGAAAAAAAGUCAAGUCAGUAAAACUAGUCCGACCUCGGCUAUAGUUAAUUGGGACCAUUUUACUGCCAAACUACACAAUACUCAUACAUAUUUAACACCAAAGUAACCUCAUACAUUUUCUCUCUAAAACUACAAUUGAGCUUUUUAAGAGGUUUUAGUCUAGCGGAGAUGGAAACAUUAUGCUAGUCAGUUUGCAUCUUGGACCCAGUGUUCCAAUUUUAGUCUUUACUCUUGAAUUUAUAGGAUAAUGUAGUUAGGGACAUGGAAGUCUGAUACAACCACCUGUACAAUUCAGAUGAAACUAAAUGUGAGGGGAAAAGGGUGGUGUACUUCCCACUUCUCUGUUUGUGAAUGUGUGUAUCUACUGUGUUUGAACUGUUCUUGAGUGCUUUUCACAUUUGUGACACAUAGGAAAACUUCCCUCUGUCAAUGAAAAGGCAUCUCAUUCCACACUAUCCCCAUCAUACUUGACCUAGGCUGUUUUUGAUGUAUGGUACACCUUGUUAUUUGUACCCUUACCAAUUAAAAACCAUGAUCCCACUA